AUGCAAUUCGCCACCGCUAUCCUCGCCACGGCUGCCGCUUUGGCUACCCUGAGCUCCGCUGCUCCUGCUCCUACCCCUUUGGAGGCAAGGGCCGAAGCGACCUCCGCCUCCCCCAACGCCCUGCGAAAGACGACCUCCUCUACGGCUACAGAUACAGAUACGGGCCGAACCGAUGGCGUUUUCCAAGCGUCUCCGCCCCCGUAG